GCCGGAGGAAGCGCCACCGGGUCCGCUGCGCUCCGGGUCCGGCUGGGCCAUGGAGUCGAUGUCUGAGCUCGCGCCCCGCUGCCUCCUGCUUCCCUUGCUGCUGCUGCCGCUGCUGCUCCUACCUGUCCCGAAGCUGGGCCCGAGCCGCGCCCGGGCGGAGGAGACCGACUGGGUGCGAUUGCCCAGCAAAUGCGAAGUGUGCAAGUAUGUUGCAGUGGAGCUGAAGUCAGCUUUUGAGGAAACUGGGAAGACCAAGGAAGUGAUCGGCACAGGCUACGGCAUUCUGGACCGGAAGGCCUCUGGAGUCAAGUACACCAAGUCCUUUUCAGAGCCCCCAGACCAGAUGAGCUGUCCUCUUUCCAGCUCUGCCUUCCCGUUGGUGGGAAGAGAACUUAGUUCCUCUCUGCUGCUGUCUCGCAGGGACUUACGGUUAAUUGAAGUCACUGAGACCAUCUGCAAGAGGCUGCUGGACUACAGCCUGCACAAGGAGAGGACUGGCAGCAACCGGUUUGCCAAGGGCAUGUCGGAGACCUUCGAGACCCUGCACAACCUGGUCCACAAAGGGGUCAAGGUGGUCAUGGACAUCCCAUAUGAACUGUGGAAUGAGACCUCUGCUGAGGUGGCCGACCUCAAGAAGCAGUGUGACGUGCUGGUGGAAGAGUUUGAAGAGGUGAUUGAGGACUGGUACAGGAACCACCAGGAGGAGGACCUGACACAAUUCCUCUGCGCCAACCACGUGCUGAAGGGCAAGGACACCAGUUGCCUGGCAGAGCGGUGGUCUGGCAAGAAAGGGGACAUAGCCUCCCUGGGAGGGAAGAAAUCUAAGAAGAAGCGCAGAAGCGGCAAGGGCUCCAGCGGCAGCAGCAAGCAGAGGAAAGAGCUAGGGGGCCUGGAGGGGGGUGCCGACUCUGAAGAGGAAGAAGGUGUGCAGAAGGCAUCUCCCCUCCCACACAGCCCCCCUGAUGAGCUGUGA